AUGAUUGAGGAUGUAUCUGGUGUCUCUCUCUGUGGCUUUACUGAUCAAACAUCUACAGAUCUUCUGGUUUCUGUCUGUAAUGAAGACCAGAAGACAUCAGUGAAUCUGCUGGACUGUGGGAUAGAAGUGAAACAAGAAGACACAGAAGCAGAUGAAGGUGAUUUGAUUUAUUCAGACCUGAUGGAGCCAAAAGAAGAAAUCACAAAUUCAAGGGAACAGACCGAUCAAGAUUUGAAAGCGGUAAAGGAGGAAAUUUUACAACUCAGUGAAAUGGAGGAGAAACCUCAUCAUUUGAUACCCAAGGAAGAAUCUCUGAGCUGCUCGAUUACUGGGAGGAAUUUGUCACCUAAAAGAAACAACAUGCAAAACUCAACAGCCAUUGAUGCUUUUAUUUGCCCUCAGUGUGGAAAGACCUUCACUAAGAAAUAUAAACUUAAUGAGCACAUGAAAGUCCACACUGGAGAAAAGCUUUACAGUUGUGAUCAGUGUGGAAAGAGCUACAACAGAAACUGGCAUCUUAAUGUUCACAUGAGAACCCACACUGGUGAAAAACCUUACAGCUGUGAUCAGUGUGGAAGAACCUUAACUCGUAAGUCUGACCUGAAUGCUCACAUGAGAACCCAUACUGGUGAAAAGCCUUACACAUGUGAUCAGUGUGGAGCAACCUUCACUCGAAAGUAUAGCCUUAAUGUUCACAAGAGAAUUCACACUGGAGAGAAACUUUACAGAUGUGAUCACUGUGGAAAGAGUUUUAAUCGUAAGUUUAGCCUUAAUGUUCACCAGAGAAUUCACACUGGAGAAAAGCUUUCCAGAUGUGAUGAUCAGGGGCGUUGCUAGACACAAAGCUCUACUGGGGCAGAGGCCCCAAAUUUUUUCUGACUUUUUUGAAAGCCUGCUGUGUGCAAGAAGUGUGCUUUAUAUUCUUUGCCUAAUCUACAUUGCAACAAGUACUGGGAAUGAUAAACAUUAAGUAUUAAGUAUUAUCUUCAUCUUACAUAACAUUAUUAACAUGUUUGGAGGCAUAAAUGGCAUAAAAUGUUUGGAAAUAAUUACAGCACAGAGAAUAUUUUUGAUAUUUAUACUGAAUUUUGCUAAGCUAUGCUAAAAGUGGUACCGCCAGACCCGGAGAUCAGCUGAAUGGAUUCCAAAACAGUAAAAAUCAAAUGUUUAACUCUAGGGGAGCUGGAAAAUGAGCCUAUUUUUAAAUAAAGAUAGUUCAAGAUUCAA